GAUUGAAUAAAAUGGAAAGAUGCAGAACAAACAUAAAUGCAAUUAUUCAAUAACAAAAAUGAUUUUGGACUUCUUGAACUGCAUAAAACCAAUUAGCUACGAAUGGGUUUUUUCCCUUGGAAAUUUUAAUUUGACGUGUGGCACCUUUGUAUGAUUCUAGGUCUUCCUUCCUCGUUUAAAUUCGAUUCCAAAUUUGAGUUUUCUUUCUCUCUUACUUUUCUCUCGCCUGGGAUAAAUUUUAUGCGGAGCCCGGAGUUACUCUAUCUACCAAGUUCUCUGUCUCAUUCAACGUGUGCACUCCAUCUCCGGUAUUGAGCUGUGGUGGCCAUUUAACCACAAAGAUCCUCGACGACUUCCUCAGUUCCGCGCCUGAACAGGAAGUUAAAGAAAUUGAGAACGACCCGGCUUCUGGGUUCGGGAUUUGAUAAAGCAAGCAGAAAUCUUGAAGUCGGUUCGAGGGGAUUUCAACAAUAAAGGGAUCUUUAUUUUGGGUGCUACCUAGCUCAAAUCACCAAACACAUAUCUGGCAAUCUUGAGGAUCUAGUGGUGUAAAAAAAUGGGGAAUUUCUCAAGGGAGACAGAUAUGGAGAAGUUAAUUUCUUACAGCAACGAUCUAAUUGAGGUUUUGAAGGAUAAGAAGGACAUUAAUAACUUGACCCAGUGUCUGGAGCACAGAGAAGUACUUCAGUCCUCUUGUGAUGCUGAUUUCGAAGAGAUUCAGAAAUCUAUUGAAGAUUAUCAAAGGAGGAUAAGCGCUUGCAAGGAGAAAACUGAGGCGGCAAAGUCUGAAUUUGCUACUGAUGCUGAAACUGACCAUCUACAAAAAGAAUUGGAAGAGGCACUUGACAAGGAGCGUAUGCUUAAGGAGGAACUUAGAGUAAUAACCAAUGAGAUUAAUGAUCUGGAUCAGCAAAUAAUUUGGAUUGAAGAACGAAAGCAAGUGUUAAAGAAAGUCAAUCAACAGGAGUUCAAGGAACAGAGAAAGCUUUCAAUGUUAGCUUCUGUAACAAAUAUUAUUCCAGACUUGAAUGAUGAAUUGGAAAUCUCAGGCCAUAUUGUGGAUAGGGACAAAAAAGUGCUCGAGAAAUUUGCAUUUGACCCAACGAAGAUGACUUCCUAUGAUAUAUGUGACAACAUUUGGAAGAUGAUAAAUAAGCGAUAGAAACUAAGAGGUCCUUCCACUAAGUUGUUUGUGUACUAUAUUUGAUGUAAUCUGCUUUUUGGCAUCUUUUGAUAUGUAAACAUAUUGUUAGUGGUGACACAUUGUAAACUAUAGAUUAACGUUUUUUUUUUAGUAGUAAAAUUUAAUUCAAUCCUAGGAAUUGACUUAAUUCUCUCCAUAUCAUACAGAACAAAUUUGUGAGUCUAUGUUAUUUUGUUGUUUCUAUGGCUGAGAAAUUCAGGAAGUUAUUGUACUGAAAA